CGGAGGAAGGCUAUUUAAAGGCGUCCUGGCCACGCGCCUCUUCCCUCCCGUUGCUGCCUGCUGCCCGCCUCGGCCUUCCUGAGGCCUCAUCACCCCCAUCCCCGAAGUCUCCGCGCGGUGGUCUUUGCUAAGUCAUUAAAUAAUUGCGGUGGAGGCCGAAGCAUGUCUGAAAAACUACCCUACAAAGUCGCUGACAUCAGCCUGGCCACAUGGGGACGUAAAGCCCUGGACAUAGCAGAGAAUGAGAUGCCCGGCUUGAUGAAACUUCGAGAGAUGUACUCAGCCUCCAAGCCACUGAAGGGUGCCCGGAUUGCUGGCUGCCUGCACAUGACUGUGGAGACAGCUGUCCUCAUUGAGACACUGGUGGCUCUGGGAGCCGAGGUACAGUGGUCCAGUUGCAACAUUUUCUCCACCCAGGACCAUGCAGCAGCUGCCAUUGCCAAAACUGGUGUUCCUGUGUACGCUUGGAAGGGGGAGACUGACGAGGAAUAUCUCUGGUGCAUUGAGCAGACCCUCUAUUUCAAGGAUGGGCAGCCCCUCAACAUGAUCCUGGAUGAUGGUGGGGACCUCACCAACCUCGUUCACACCAAGUACCCUGAGCUCCUGAAGGGCAUUAGAGGCAUCUCUGAAGAAACCACCACCGGCGUCCACAAUCUCUACAAGAUGAAGCUCAAUGGAGUUCUGAAAGUGCCAGCCAUCAAUGUGAAUGAUUCUGUUACCAAGAGCAAGUUUGACAACCUGUAUGGCUGCCGUGAGUCCCUCAUCGAUGGCAUCAAACGAGCCACAGAUGUGAUGAUUGCAGGCAAGGUGGCUGUGGUGGCAGGCUAUGGUGAUGUGGGGAAGGGCUGUGCCCAGGCCCUUCGAGGCUUUGGUGCCCGAGUCAUCAUCACAGAGAUAGACCCCAUCAAUGCACUGCAGGCCUCUAUGGAGGGUUAUGAGGUGACCACCAUGGAUGAGGCCUGCAAAGAGGGAAACAUCUUUGUCACCACCACAGGCUGUGUAGACAUCAUCUUGGGCAGGCACUUUGAACAGAUGAAGGACGAUGCCAUAGUAUGUAACAUUGGCCACUUUGACGUGGAAAUAGAUGUAAAGUGGCUGAAUCAAAAUUCUGUGGAGAAGGUGAACGUGAAACCUCAGGUGGACCGCUAUAAGCUGAAGAAUGGGCGGCGGAUCAUCCUGCUGGCAGAGGGCCGUCUAGUCAACCUGGGCUGUGCUAUGGGCCAUCCCAGCUUUGUCAUGAGCAAUUCCUUCAGCAACCAGGUGCUAGCCCAGAUUGAGCUGUGGACACACCCGGACAAGUACCCUGUGGGAGUGCACUUCCUCCCCAAGAAGCUGGAUGAAGCUGUGGCCGAGGCCCACCUUGGCAAACUGAAUGUGAAGCUGACAAAGCUGACAGACAAACAGUCCCAGUACCUCGGCGUCCCCAGAGAGGGCCCCUUCAAACCAGACCACUACCGGUACUGAGUCCUGGCCAGCUCAAAGACUCCAAGUGACCAGGCGCAUCUUCUUGCCUAUCCAGCCCUUCUUGCACAGAGUAAUAAAUGGUAUUGAGGUUUG